AUGAGCUAUGUAGGCCUCGGUCUUAUAGCUAUAUGGAUAUUGUCCCCUGUGGGCGGUCAAUCAUCUUUCCGACAAAUAAGCUACGGACCAAAGGACAUUCCUGAACAUGCGGAGUUCUUUUAUGUCGCGCCUAGCCAGUGGCUGUGGCCGCCUGAUUACGAAUCGUUCAAGCCGACCUUGGAUAUUUCUUACCUCGCUGCCCUCAUGAGUCAAACUACCGCACAAGGCUCUCCACGCGAUACUUGGGGUCACAUCAAAAUACCUCGAAUUGAGCAUUACGAAGACACAUCUCCUUCUGGGGACGAAGGCUGGUACAGGACCGAUAACGGUACUCGGGAAUCUUACUCUUCGUUCAUUGGUGUUCCGAUAAGUGGCACAGAUUCACCGGAGUUCAUUGACUACUCCACCAGGAUCCAGGCGAAGUACUUUCACCUGGAAUGUGGUGCAUACCUUGAUGAUCCCGAUGAUCGGGACACCCAGUUCACAUUCAACAGCACGAGGUGGCUAGGGGACGUAUAUUGGAAUGAAAAUGUCACAAGACGCGCCGAGGUCCCUCCUGGUGAAGUCGAGCCUUUCGGGUUCGUCAUUACUAUGGAUAGGGUUCGCAUCUGGAAUUGUACGAUUGAAACGACGUACGUGGAGGCAGAAAUCACAUGCUCUACAUACGAUGCCUGUGCUGCGGUUCGUAUUCGACGCUCUCGCCUCGCACACCCACCGGCAGCAGACACCCAACUGGGUCCGCUGUUAGGGUUCGAGAACACACCUUGGGAGUCCACGCUCUUAUCUACGUCCAUCAGAGCUGGUUCAGUAGACCAUUUCGACACUUUCAACAGGGAUGUCCAGCCUGUCGAUUCUAUCGAAUACAGCAUGAAUGGGCUCUCCCAAACCUAUCUCGACGACCCGAGGAACAUCUUACGACUAACGGCUGGUCGUUUUGAGGAGGCGGAUCAGGCGGGUUGGGCCAUACAUCUCAGUCAGAUACUCAAUGCAUACUGGGCGACAAUGAAUGGAAAAUACUCGCUUAUAGGUAAUUUCGACACAAACACCAAUCGAUCGAAUGCAAACGUCUCUUGGUACCAUAAAGACCAAGAUAAUACCACGGGCAUGGAUUCAGACACCUGGAAGGACAGGCUCAUGUUAGCGAGAGCAUGGCCGAGUACAGGAACAAGACGCAGUAACGUCGAGGUCUUCAAAGCACACUUCGGCUGGGUCAUUGCGCUUAUAGUCUCGUCGACCGUGCUCAUCGUAGCGAGUCUGGUGCCGUUCUACCUCCGCACCUUUCUCCCGCACGGCCCAGACGUGCUCAUAAACUUCUCUAGUCUGGCUGCGAGAGAUAAUCCUUACGUAGCUUUACCGGGGACGGGGACAUAUCUCGACGCAGCUGAUCGAUCGCGAUUGCUGAAGGACGUGCGCAUACGUUUUGGAGAUGUCGAAGAGGGCGGUGAGAUCGGGAGGUUGGCGAUUGGACGGUUCGACGGGGAUGUUGCGCCGUUGAGGAAGGGGAGGAAGUAUGCGUAG